AUGCUUGAAAAGGAAGAGCCCAUCUCUACAACUGCCUCCAUCAACCACGACACACUCCAACUGACCGACUACUAUGGCCCGAAAUACCUCAGCGGCGAGCCAACGGCCUUGCCGAGGAAGCGGGUUUACCAACUUAUGCCGGAGGUGAAUGCCAUAGGAUGCAGCGGCGGUGGGGCCGGGGUGAAUAGCGAGAAGGCAACAAACGAGAUCCGACGAUGGAUGUUCACCAUCCAAUUGGUUCCGGGCAAAGCCCCAAGCAAUGUGGUCGUAUAUCGUACAUUGAAAUGGGAGUUAACCGAGAAUGAGCUCGACUCGCAAUCAGUUCACAAUAACGUAAUUCGGACAGGCUUCGCAUUCCAGCAUGACCGUGAAGCAUUUGGGAUACGCGUCGAGAUCCAUGGCAAAUUACAGAAGCGAACAUGUCAGUUGAAAGAGUUUUGGAAGAAUAAGACUCGGCACCUCAAGUUUCCACCGGAAGCGAGCCCGGACCAGGGGUCUGCCGUCACUUUGGUCGAUGUCCGCGAAAUGAGACAAUCUCACCGCAAUCUUUAUCGUCUGGCGAUGAGCUUACCGCAUGAAAUGAUCAGACAGAACCAGCUCGAGGUUCCUGUGGAGGUCCCGAAUCCCAUGCCGUCGUUGUUACAGGGGCUGCCUUCUGUUUUCCAUCCGCCUGCCACCCAGCCACAGGCCUCAAUUAACAAGAGUGGUAUCAGUGAGCAUUUGAAAGGUCCAUCGGCUCAAGGCCUCAUAUCCGCAGCACGGAGCAUUGGCAGUGAGAAUCAACAGACCGAAUCUAGCAUUUCUUCUUCGUCUCUGUCAUCCACAACGCUGUAGGUGAUCAAGAUGGGCCGACAAUAAGUACAGUGUCGCCAUCAGGCCCAACAAGAGCAGCCGCAACAAUAAC